UGACAUUUGAUAUACUUUAUGGGCUUUCUUCGUAAAACUCAGCCAAAAGUCUUUUGAAAUUUCCCGGUGGUCUUUCUACCGGCGGCAACUGUUGGCUCAGCGGAAGUCCAGAAACUGGCAAAGAGAGCUUUUUGAAAUUUUCUUUCUCAUUCUCUUGCUAGAUAGCGGGUCAAAGGCUAUUGAUUUCGUUCGUUGUUUUUAGGUAUUUACUCUUUCAGUUAUGCAUUGUUUUUUGUGUGCAAAUCGGUGAUUCUGUAUUUUUUUUAUAUGUUCAUGUGCAUUGAUCAUUUCCUUUCAAACAGCGAUUUCAUAAGCAUUUGAUAUCUGAGAAGUAUAAAUUCUGUCAUUUUUGUUCGAAAAGUUGUUCAGAUUUCAGGUGUGAACUGUUUUGAGUAGAUGCGGAGAAUCAAAGAUAAAUUAUCAACAAGGUUAAUGAAUGUUUGUGUGGCAUCUCUUUGUAAAGCCAAACAAUUAGAGAAAGCUGAAAUUGUUAUAGUUGAUGGCAUACGAAUUGGAUUGCAACCAGAUGUUGUCACUUACAAUACAUUGAUUGCUGCAUAUUGCCGCUUUGUUGGCAUAGAUGCUGGUUAUUCCAUCCUUAAUAGGAUGAAGGAUGCUGGAAUUAACCCUGAUGUUAUUACCUAUAACGCUUUGAUCGCCGGAGCUACUAGAAAUUCUCUGUUAUCUAAAUGUCUCGACCUGUUUGAUGAAAUGCUUGAGAUGAGAAUUCUUCCUGAUAUCUGGAGUUACAACACAUUAAUGAAUUGUUUCUUUAAAUUCGGAAAGCCAGAUGAAGCUUACAGGGUUUUUCAAGAUAUUCUUUUGAAAGAUAUAUCUGUUCAUUCUGCAACAUUUAGUAUUUUAAUUAAUGGGCUGUGUAUGAAUGGAUAUACUGAGAAUGCCCUUAUGCUAUUUAGGAGUUUAAAGCGUCAUGGAUUUACUCCUCAGUUAGUAACUUACAACAUUCUUAUUCAUGGGUUGUGCAAGUCAGGACGAGGAAACGUUGCAAGAGAGUUCCUCAACGAAUUGGUAGAAUCAGGUCAUAUCCCGAAUGCCAUCACUUAUACAACAGUAAUGAAAUGUUGCUUCAGAUAUAGACAAUUUGAAGAAGGCCUUAAAAUCUUUGCAGAGAUGAGAAACAAAGGAUAUACAUAUGAUGCCUUUGCUUACUGUACAGUUACAAGUAUGUUACUUAAAACUGGGAGGAUAACUGAGGCCAAUGAGUACCUGGGAUAUAUCAUUACAAGUGGCUUUACCCUUGACAUUGUGUCUUUCAAUACCAUUUUUAAUGUAUAUUGUAAGGAAGGUCAGCUGGAUAAUGCUUAUAAGUUGUUAUAUGAGGCAGAAAAUGGAGGCUUGGAAUCUGACAAGUUCACCCAUGCUAUCUGGAUUGAUGGCUUGUGCAGAACUGGUAAUUUCCAAGAGGCCCAGCAACAAUUGAACCGUAUGAGUGUGACGGGUUUUGAUUCUAACUUGGUUGCGUGGAAUUCUUUUAUCAAUGGGUUGUGUAAAACUGGUCAAUUGGAUUAUGCUACACAUAUAUUUGAGUCAAUGGAUACAAAAGAUUCUGUUACUUACUCUACCAUAGUUCGUGGUCUUUGCCAAGCUAGGAGGUUUCGCGCAGCAUCUAAGUUACUACUAUCGUGUAUUAGAGGUGGCAUGAGAAUUCUUAAAUCAGAUAAACGAAUUGUUAUUGAUGGUCUUCGUAGUUGUGGACUUACGCAUGAAGCAAGGAAGGUCCAGUCUAAAAUCCAAAUGGCUAAGCUUCUGCAUUAUUGAUAAAUAAUGGUCAUCAACUUUGCCACUGAAGUUUUAACCUUAUUUAUUGGCUAAGAGUUCUACAUUAUAACGAUGUUGUGGAAGUUGAAAUUCAAGAGAUAAUGCAACUGAGAAUACAACCUAUAUAACCAGUUUUAAGUGGGUAAAAGUAUCCACUCCUCUUGUAAAAGGCAAACACAAUGACGUACUGAUGUUAGUUUUGAGCAGACAAAUGAUAGUUUUGGAGAUUCUUUUCCAGAUGCGGAUGGAUCAAGCAUAAAAUUUAUUUUCUCAGCUUACAAGGCGCAGUUGCUCUAUCUCCACGGGAAGAACCCAACUGGAGCUGCACAAUCUAGUAUGAGUUCAUAUAGGCAUACCAUCAGACAAUAUUCUUCAGCCUGCUUGCUGUAGAAGAAAUGCUGACAAUUCAGGUGACGAUGCAACUAAUAUCUGUCCAGGAAUGUGCAUCUUCCAAGACAUUGAUCAGGGGAAAAUGGAUUUUCAUUUUGUUUGACAUAAUGAAUACACAUAGGAAGAACCAAAACUUCACAUGGUCGUGCAGGCUCAAAUCCCAAUACUAGCGUGUACCGUGUAAUAGUCGAGAUGUGCAUAAGUUGAUGAGAAUACUACCUGGUUGGAUGUUAUUAAAAGUAAAAAAGAUUAAUGAGUGGUGGAUUGCUAAAGCAACGGAUAGAUGAAUGAAGAGUGACAUCAGGCGGAGAAAAUGGGAAGAAAAAAAAAGGCAGAGAGGGUCCAUUUUUGGCAGAAUGCGGAAACAAGAGUCAUGUAAAAUAGUAGUUGUUCAUCGUGACAUGUCAACGUGCCACCGCUAUGGCUUUAGGUAUGGAAGGCGACUGAUUGAUCUGCGCAUUAUUAUUGUGCUGUGCAAAUAUAUACAAUGGGGUGACAGUGGUGGUCCAUUACUCCCCAAUUAUCUUCCCCUUUACCUACACCAAAUGUCUAUAGUCUAUACAAACAACAAAUCUCUUAUCUAGAAUUCACGUCUCUCUAGUUCUUCCUCUAUCUACCUCGACCCCUCCUAAAAAUAUAUAAGAUAUGUGUUUUUCAGGUAUAUAUUUACCCUUUCACCACGGUUAACUGAUAUUGACUUUCGUGUUAAUUUGUAAUCGCCCAGUACUUCUCAUAUUUUUAUAUUCUCUUCUAAAUUA